AUGAAUUUCUCUGAGUCUGUUUCCUCGAGACAAACUCAGACCGACAACGUGACUUUAAACAGCCUCAUCCUUCAGAUGGAGGGGUUAAAGGUCACAAAGGCAAACAUGUACCCUGUCUUCUUCUGUCUGCUGUUGACCUAUAUCUUCAUCCUGUCCGCCAACGUGGGCAUGGUGGUCUUGAUUUGGACGGAGAGGAGCCUCCACCAGCCCAUGUACCUCCUCUUCUGUAACCUGUCCAUCAACGACAUCAUGGGAAACUCUCUCCUGGUUCCUCGGGUUCUCGCCGACAUCCUGGUGCCUCCCUCUGAGCGCCUCAUUCACUACUACGAGUGUCUGAUGCAGGCGUUCACCACGCACAUGUUCGGCACCAACGCCCACACCGUGCUCAUGAUCAUGGCGUUCGACAGGUACGUGGCGAUCUGUAACCCUCUGCACUACACGACCAUAAUGACGGACAAAAUGGUGAUUAAGCUGACGGUGUCAGCCUGGGGGUCGGCUUUCGUUCUGGUGGCCAUCUUGCUGGGUUUGACCAUCCGGUUGAACCGGUGCCGCACUCUGAUCAUGAACCCGUACUGUGAUAACGCCUCUUUGUUUAAGCUCUCCUGUGAAAACGUCUUUAUCAACAACGUGUACGGCCUCACCUUCACCGUGGUCCUGCUCUCGGCGUCUAUCGGCAGCAUCAUCAUCACGUACUCCAGAAUCACAGCCGCCUGCGUGAUCAGCAAGAGUAAGUCUUUGAACAGUAAAGCUCUGAGGACCUGCAGCACUCACCUGUGCCUCUACAUGAUCAUGCUGGUCAGCGGGAUGAUCCUCAUCGCUCUGCAUCGAUUCCCAGAGUACUCAGACUACAGGAAGAUCUCCGCCAUCCUCUUCAACGUCGUCCCCGGCAGUCUGAACCCCGUCAUCUACGGGCUGCAAUCUCAGGAAAUACACAAGUGUUUGUACAAUAUUUUCCACUGCAAAAAGGUCAAACCAUCUCUGUGA